AUGAAGUUCUCCCUGUACACCGGGGCUUUGGCGCUGGCAGCCGGGGCCACCGCUGCUGCCCUGCCCGAGGCGUCCGCCAGCCAGGCCUCCCAGGACGUGGCAUCCGACUACAUCCCGGGCUUCUUCAGCCGGACCUGCACCCAGGCCAAGAUGACCGUCCGCAAGGAGUGGCGCAACCUGACCAAGACGCAGCAGGACCACUUCCUCGACUCGGUCCAGUGCCUGAUGGACCGCCCCGCGCAAUCCGGCCUGACGGCGACGACCAGCCGGUUCAGCGACCUGCAGGCCCUGCACCGCGGCAUGACCAACACGGCCUCCGCCGAUAUCAUCCACCACGUGGGCCAAUUCCUUCCCUGGCACCGCUACUACAUGCAUAUCUACGAGACCCUCCUCCGGGAGGAGUGUGACUACACGGGCCCGAUCCCCUGGUGGAACGAGCAACAGGACGCGGACAGCGGCCACAUGUGGCAGUCCUCCAUGUGGGGGGCGGACGCCUUCGGGGGCAACGGCACCGGGGCGGAUCUCUGCGUGCGGGACGGCCGGUUCGCCAACCUGACGCUGCACAUCGGCCCCGGCGACGAGGACACCGACUACUGCCUGCGCCGGGCCUGGGAUACGGAGCAGGCGGUGGCCAACGCCAACAGCACCGCGCUGGACGCGUGCAACGCCUACACGACCUUCUCGCCGUGGUGGAACUGCAUCUCCAACAUCCCCCACAAGGGGGUGCACACCUAUAUCGGGGGCGUGAUGGCCGACAUCAAGUCCUCCCCCGGGGACCCCGUCUUCUUCAUGCACCACAUGUACAUCGACCGGGUCUGGUGGCUGUGGCAGCGACAGGAUCCCAUCAACCGCCUGUACGACAUCAGUGGGCCGACGCUGAACCAGACGGCCAACGUCGAGCCGGCUGGGGGCUGGCAGAACGCCACCCUCCACUACGAACUGUCCUCGUUCGACAUCAUGGCUAACACGACCAUCGGCGAGGUGAUGAACACCCAGGGAGGGUACCUCUGCUAUGGCUAUGACUAG